AUGGAUCGUUUCCGUUUAGGGAAGGUUGUGAUUAGUCGGUUUCCUGAGUGAUAGGCUCUUUUUCUUCCUAGUUAUAGUUUGCAGGACGUUGGGAGCAGCUGCUGGAGAUGGAUGAGGAUGGUUUACCCCUCGUGGGUUCUGGCAUCGACCUGACUAAGGUUCCAGCCAUACAGCAGAAGAGAACAGUAGCCUUUCUAAACCAGUUUGUGGUUCACACAGUUCAGUUCCUUAACAGGUUUUCUACGGUUUGUGAAGAGAAAUUGUUGUCGCUCUCCCUCCGCAUUCAGCAAAUCGAAACUAUGCUCAACAUUCUAGAUGCAAAGUUGUCUUCUAUACCUGGGCUAGAAGAUGUCAAGUGUGAAGUAGCCAACACCAGUGUGAACAGUGUUAUGAAUGGCCCUAUCCCACAAGCCUCAACAGAUCCACAGUCAACAAAUGUUUCACCCCAGUCAGAGCAGGGCAGUGUACAUGAGACAGGUCAGCUGAAGUCGGAAGGAACUGCUGAGAACAUCACAACUGUUGCAAAGGAUCCACGCUAUGCCAGAUAUCUCAAAAUGGUUCAAGUGGGUGUCCCUGUAAUGGCGAUAAGAAACAAAAUGAUCUCUGAAGGAUUAGACCCUGAUCUUCUUGAGACCCCAGAUGCUGCAGUGCCUGCGUGGGGAGGCGAGGCGAAUGCAGAAGAAAGUUCUGAUAGUGAAUCAUCAUUUAGUGACUGAAAGUGCUGAUUAUUGAUUCUUUUUUUUCUUUUGAGAGCAUCUUGCAAACUUUGUAAGUGCUAAUAUACAUAACUUGAUCUGAGAAAUUCCUGGUAGUUUGAACCAUAAGAAGUAUUGCUUCAGAAACAGUAACUUUGCACUGGGAUCUUGUGUUUGUCUUCCGCAGAGUUUUGAAUGAAGACCUGGUCAAAGUAAGGCUGUCCCGAGAUGCUCUUCCGUAUGAUGCAAUGUCCUUGACUUAAAGUAUUGUUCUAAAAAACUUCAGAGUAAUAUUUGGCAGGGUGCAAAGCCUUGCAUUUCUUACAAAAUGACUUUCUCUGAAGUUCUUUGGACUUAACAUUGCGAUUGGGGGGGGGGGGGUCCUUUCCCAAUAGUUGUCUGAUGUAUUCUCAUUCAAGAUUCCUCUAAAUGAUAUAUGGGUUCCUAUACUGCAUUUUAUCUAUCAGUAUUGAGUGAGAAUUCAUGACCUAGUUACAUUAAUGGUAGAAAUAACAAAUAUUCCAUUGGCCCAAUAACCUAAAAGUGUGGGGGGAAGGGCGAGGUGGGGGAGAGUGUUGAAAAAGAGACAACACAAGGGGAAGCAAGAAUAUUGACUCUUUGCAGUGAGUGAACAUUUGUAGAGGUAGCUGACUACUAUAUCUUGCUGCUGGAUUGCCACCAUGAUUUUCCUAAGAUGGAUACCAUUCAGCAUCGGGCUGAGCUACCUGGCUUUCUGACCCAACUGAAGAGCAUCAGGUGCCCCACAUACAUGUGGUGCAGUGCACUAUGGGUGAGAGGCGGCCCCUUUUCAGCCAUUCUCCACUCACAACAUGCUUUUCAUUGGGAGUGCUAUGUCUUAUUGUCAUAACACCAAAUGUUGCAUAUUGCUCCACUGUUGCCCUAGUUGGCAAUGGGCUAUAUGUGCAGAAUAAGGAAACGAAGUCCAGGUUACUUUGGAGAAUAAAGCUCCACAUGCUUUUGUGGAAGAAAUUUAUUUUCCUAGCUAGCAAACAUUUCCAUUACUUGUGAUUUCAGGAUGGUAUCAACCAAGCUGGAAAUUUCCUUCCAGUUGCUCAAGUGAAACAAGGUGGGUUUAAGUUGGGUAUCUAGUAAGUGGUUUCAGGAGAGCAACCUCCUACAUAGCUGGAUCUAUUUUUAAAACAAAUGAAUUGCCUUAUAGAGAGAUCUAGCAGCAAAGUGGACCUGUUUUAAAUAAAAUCCACUCACACGUUCUUUUUUGAGUUUUGCAUUUAAGUAAAAUCCAGCCAUCUGAAUCAAAGCACAAAAGCUCCUAAGUGUGUUAGAAUACGUUUCUAUUCAGAAGAUGGGUUUGGAGUGGCAAAGUUGGGUAUGAGAUUACUUGUGAAUUUUACUAUUUUGCAUUGCAUUAUUGCGCAGACCACUUGACAUGUUACAGAGAAAAGUGUUCUCAAAGUAUACAUGUAGUGCAGACUGGCAUAUUUGAACCAAUAUGAUACUUCAGCUCCAUCACAUAUGCUCCAAGGGAGCUGUACCUGGCUAUGGCUUCUCACCAUGGUGUUAAACAGAUACAUGUAGCCACAUGAAAUGAUGGUGUGACGUUCUUCCUGAAUCCCUGAAGUGACUCUCUGAGCUAUUCUCCCAAACAGGCUCGGUAAUAAAGCUGAUAUUCCCACUCAGCCAUUUUGAAUUCACUUCCCGUGUGCUAAUUGUGUGUCAUGUGUACAACCAAAGUCAGGAUGGCUCUUGCAAAUCAGAUUUGAAGCUGAGUUAUGAGGGCUGGAAGAUGGAUGCUUACAUUGGUGUGGACAGUUUUAAGGCUUCUGUGGUAGACUGUCAUGCUAUUUUCUGCUUAGAUCAAGAAUUUCCAGUCCACUCUCAGGAAAGAACAGGACAUCAUAGGUAUGCAAAUCUGACCAUCAAUUUAUCUAACCUUUUUCCCCCACCAAUUUGACUUUCAGCAAAAUGCAGUUAGUGUUACUAAUAUCUGUCAGCAGUAAAUCCCUUCAAGUUGUUAAAUGCUUGCUAACAUGCUGCCUGAUAACUCAUAUUGUAUACUACUGCACUUAAUCCUCUAUCACUAAUGAGGGAAAUGCCUGGAUUUAUAAUAAAAGCUAUGAUUUUUUAAAGUAAAA